AUGACGUCCAAUCCUCACCCGGGCCUUCCCUUGGGUGUCCCUAAUUUUCGACGUUUUGCUCAACCACCAACCCAUCCGAACCCGCCCAACAAGUCGUCCCCGGGACUUUCGCAACACGCCUCUCCCUAUCAACAACAAGCCUAUCCCUCGCCUCAGACGCAGCCUGGAGGUUAUCACCAGCACCUGUACUCGAGCCCUACCCCGACCCCCGUGCCCGGCAUUGGCAACGUCCAAAAUGGCUCGAGGCAGCCUCCCCAGCAGAUUGCUCCCCCCGUCCCGGGUCCUCGACAACGACCCGGACCACCGCGACAGCAACCCAUGGCAUACCAGCUGCAAUCGUUGAACCAGCAGUCGCUGAGCCACCCGGGUCCUCCCAGUGACAACCAGAUCCUGGGUCAUCAGCAGUCUCAGCAGCCUCAAUCCCAGAGUGCCCUCCAACACCAGCACCAGCACCAACACGCACCACAGCAUGCACAUCAGCACCAGCAACCCCCUCAACCGCAGCUGCCGCAGGUUCAACAGGUCCCGCAGGUUCCGCAACCCCAACAAGUCCCACAAAUCCAGCAGGUGCAACAAGUUCAGCAAGUCCAGCCUGUUCAUCAGCAACAGCAACAGCAGCAGCAGCAGCAGCAGCAGCAGCAGCAGCAGCAGCAGCAGCAACAGCAGCAGCAACAGCAACAGCAGCAACAGCCGCAGCAGCCACCGCCCCAGCCCCAGCAACCAGAGCCUCCGGCGCCUGUGGCAGAUAUUCGGCAUGAUGGAGACAUGGACAUCGACAGCGCGGCUGACGAUGCCGAGGGAGAGGAUCACUCGAUGGAACCCAAGAUUCUCGAUGGGACGCCAUUCGUUCCACGCGAGCCUAUGGGGCCGAUGAUGUCGGCGCCUCCCGAGGGUGGCAGUUUUCCUACCCUCGAAGCCGUACACAAGUUCGUCCUUGCCUACUGCACCUCUGUAGGUUAUGCUGUUGUCAUCGGCCGGUCCAAGAAGACGGUGCCGGGCCUGAAGAAAGUCCUGUUUGUGUGUGAUCGAGGAGGCAAGCCGCCGAGGCGAGUGGACCCGGAGCAGCGCAAGCGGAAGACGUCGUCGCGUAAAUGUGAUUGCCAGUUCGGUUUCUUUGCCAUUGAGCAGCGUACACAGUGGACGGUGCGGUAUCGUCCUGAUGCUCAGCACCUCAAGCACAACCACGGCCCAAGCGACAGCCCACUUCACCACCCCGCAGCGAGAAAGCUCGACAGCAAAAUGGUUGCAGCUGUCAAGGCCCUCAAAGACUCAGGCGUCGGGGUGACCCAGACUCUGGAAAUUCUUCAAAACGAGCAUCCUCACGUCCCUCUCCUUCCUCGCGAUAUCUACAAUGCUCGAGCCGCCAUCAAUCGCAACCCUACCAAGGUUGAGUCUGGCAUCGCGGAAGACAGGCCGGCCAUCUACAGCAAACCUCAUCCUACAGCUGAGGAGCGCAUUCGGGCUGAUCUGCGUCGCGAACUGGCGAAGACGCGCGAGGAGCUCGACAAGCUCAAAGACACGAGCAAGAAAGAGAUUGAGGACCUCAAAGACAAGCUUAGGGAGAAGGAUAAGCUGAUCAAGAAGUUCGAGAUGUUCAUCGACAUCUGCAACCAGAGGGUCAUGGUGCAGAGAGAGAAGCUUGCCGAGGACGGGGAUGCAGACGGAGGACCGGGCGCCGCAGCGAGUGCGGCAAGCUGA